CCACCUGCCUCCUUCCCUCCCUUCCCUCUUCCCUCCCCGGGCUCUGCUUCCUUGCUAAGCGCGGGCUCACAGCCCUCCUGCUGCUGCUGCUGCUGCUGCUGCCCUUCUUCCUGCCCAGGCUUCGGAAGCACGUGUGAACGCUCUACACGUGAAUGAGGACGACCUGGGGCUCCCCCAACUGACAACGCCCACCCCUAGCCCUCCCAAAAGGGAGCCACGGCGAGUUUGACUGAGGCAUCCUGUUCAAGAUGGCCGACAGUGACAAGAAUGGAGGCAGCCGCUCUAGCACCAGCAGCAGCCGUCUCCAGAGCAAGAAGCCCCCCAAUCUCUCCAUCACAAUUCCACCACUGGAGACAGAGGACGAAAGUAGCCAAACAGUGGUUCUGAAGAAAAAUCCACCUUUACAAAAGAGUGUCAGCCUUCAAGAGUCCAGGAUGAAAAGGCAAGAUAGCAACUUUGAAAGACAUCCUGGGUUGCACCGGCAAACCUCACUGUCUCAAAGUAUUCGCAAAGGGGCAGCCCAGUGGUUUGGAGUUAGCAAUGACUGGGAUGGAAAACGGCAGCACUGGCAGCGCAAGAGCUUGCAGCAUUGUAGCCUGCGAUAUGGAAAACUCAAAGCGGCCUACCGGGAAAUGGAGUUGCCCAGCCAGGAAGUCCCAUCGUUUCAAGGCACAGAGUCUCCAAAGCCCCAGAAAAUGCCCAAGAUCGUGGACCCUUUGGCCCGAGGCCGGCCCUUCCGGCACCCAGAUGAAGUGGAUCGUCCCCGCACACCUCAUCCUGUCUUGCCCCCUCUGACUCCUGGUGUCAUCUCCUUGACAUCCUUUGGCAGUGUUCGAUCCGGCUACACCCGCCUUCCUCGCAGGAAGAGGGAGUCAGUUGCCCAUAUGAGCUUCAAGGCAGCUGCAGCUAUUAUCAGAGGACGUUCAGUUCUGGAGCCCUCAGCACCAAAACGGAGGUUCAACAAACGGAGCUUUGUUUAUCCCAGCUUCAUGGAUGAUGAUGUGGUGGACGGCAUGGAUACAUUUGAUUCCUCCUUCUUUAGUAAGGUUGAUACCCACGAUGAGAUGUGCUCCAUGCCAGAUGAUGUAUUUGAAUCUCCACCUCUCUCUGCCACUUAUUUCCGAGGACUUCCUCAGCCAGAGGAUGGCAAGUCUCCUGAGGCUGAGCACCCAUUGCAGCGUACAGGAGGAGCUGGUGGUGUCGCUGCUGCUGUUCCCAAGAGGGGCACACGGAUCGCCUCUCGAGUGAAACACUUUGCCUUUGACCGCAAGAAGCGCUACUAUGGACUGGGAGUGGUCGGCAAGUGGCUGAACAGGACGUAUCGCCGAAGCAUCAGCAGUGUGGUGCGCUCACAGCUGGAGCUCACAGACAACCAUCGCCCUAUAUGCUAUACAGUAGUUUUCAGCAAAAUUGAUAGGUAUGUUGAUGAGUUGUGGAUGAACUCUUUUCUUUUUAUAAUUGUCCAUCUCUUUUAUUUGCAGAUCUGUACCUAUCAGGCCAAAAGUAAUCACACUGGCUUCUUGCAUAUGGACUGUGACAUUAAAGGAAGACCUUGCUGUCUUGGAACUAAAGGCAGCUGUGAGAUCACUACUCGGGAGUACUGCGAAUUCAUGCAUGGCUAUUUCCAUGAAGAAGCAACUCUUUGUUCACAGGUACACUGCAUGGGUGAGGUGUGUGGCCUCUUGCCAUUUCUUAACCCAGAGAUUCCUGAUCAGUUCUACAGACUCUGGUUAUCCUUAUUUCUUCAUGCUGGGGUUAUCCACUGCCUAGUGUCAGUGGUCUUUCAGAUGACAGUUCUCAGGGAUUUGGAGAAGCUGGCUGGCUGGCUUAGAAUCACCAUCAUUUUCAUCCUCAGCGGCAUCACAGGCAAUCUGGCCAGUGCCAUUUUUCUGCCAUACAGGGCAGAGGUGGGGCCAGCAGGAUCACAGUUUGGCUUGUUAGCCUGCCUUUUUGUGGAGCUUUUCCAGAGCUGGCAAGUUCUAGAGAAGCCCUGGAAGGCUUUCUUGAACCUUUCUGGAAUCGUCCUUUUUCUCUUUGUUUGUGGUCUUCUUCCGUGGAUCGACAAUAUUGCCCACAUAUUUGGCUUCCUUAGUGGCCUUUUGCUUUCAUUUGCCUUUCUACCUUACAUCACCUUUGGCACCGUGGACAAGUACCGCAAGCGGGUCAUGAUCAUCAUCUCACUAGUGGUCUUUGUGGGGCUCUUUGCAUCUCUUGUAAUAUGGCUCUACGUGUACCCCAUUAACUGGCCUUGGAUUGAGCAUUUAACCUGCCUGCCCUUUACGAACAAGUUCUGCGAGAAGUAUGAUUUGGAUCAGAUCUUGCAUUGAUGAAGCCUGUUUGAACAUUAUUCAAUGGAAAAGAUUUCAAAUGUACUGGAUUUUGAGUGAUGUGGAGUGGACAGAGGCAGUUCUGCCAGCGCAAAUCAGGACAUCCAAGUUUCCCUUUGGAAUUCCUAUGCACCACUCAUCAGCCAAGCACUGAACAAGAUGCCUUGAUAACUUUUGUGAAACACUUGGAGUGAAGGAAAACAGGCAUGCCUCUUACACAUUCCUCCACAAUGAUUCUGAGCAUCAGGAUGCCAUUAUUGGGAGGUGGUGUUAUAAAACAAAUGCAUUAUUUACCAAAGCUUUGAUGCCAAAGCACUCCCACACCUGCUCGCCAGACACGGACUACCAUUUCUGCCUUCUAUGUCAGGUAUUUUGGGAUGAGUUAGUGCAGGUAUAAAUGGCAUCCUUGAUAUUUGGGACAGAUUAGGCCUUGGGUAGAAUGGAGAGCUGGCAGAAAGUGACUUUAAAAGAGCACCUUCAUGAUGAGGCAACUUCUUGCUUCACUUUUUCUGCUCACUACUUACCUAUCUCUGUGGACUCUUGUUUAAUGUUUCUCUGUUCUAUGCAAUUCCUGGUUUCAAGAAUGUCUUUCUUAAUGCCUUCUUUUUUUGGCAUGAGAUGGUGCUUGAACUUUAUGGCAAUCUUUCCUGCCUUGGUGCCUUUUUGUGGUACUAGGAGUUGUACUGUGAAAAUAAACCCCAUCUUUGUCCAAGGGGUAUUUUUAUAUGCAUUUUCUUACAUUUGUGAUUUCUGUCUGUCCUUGGAACCAGACACUUUUUGUCAAAAAGCAUUAAUGCUUCUAGAGAAACCUUGGGUCAUCUGUAAUAAAUGCUAGUGACUAUUCCAAUAUUGUAUUGGCUGGAAAACAUAGAGACCUAAGGUUUCUGUAGGGGCAGACUUGAAAAAGAGCUUCCCUUCCACAGGGAAGAUGAACAAUUGUGUAAGUGAGACAAAAUAGGGAGUGGCAAAAUAUUUUUGGUUCAAAUAAAUAAGUUUC